GAUCCUCGUUUGGUACGGUCUUUCUGGGGAGUAGAUUACACACCACACGGUACACAACUUCAAUUCGGAUGUGGAGUAACACAAGAAGAAGUUAUUCAAGACUUGCGGCUACUUUACCAAAUCACUCCAAGAAUCAGACUCUACGGCAUGGACUGCAAUCAGGCCGACUAUGUGCUGAACGGAAUGCGGAUACUGAAUAUAAACAUGGGUGUAAUUCUCACCAUCUGGGUUGACAGCAAUCAAACCACUUAUCAGCGUCAGUAUGACACCUUUUGGCGUGUUCUAGAAACCUAUGGUGGCGACAAUAUUAUUGGAGUAUCUAUUGGAAAUGAAGCCUUGUUCAGAAAAGAAGUCAGUGUGUCUACACUUGUAGCUUCCAUCAGAGAUGUCAAAAAGAAGAUGAUUGCUAUGGGCUAUCCCAAGAUUCCAGUGUAUACAAGUGACAUUCGCGAACUUCCUAAACUUAUGCCAGAACAAGACGCAGUUCUGGACAAUGUACAUCCUUUCUUUGCCGGUACCCUUCCUCAAGAUGCCGCAAACUGGACAUGGCACUAUUUUUAUGGCGUUGAUCAAUAUCCAACCAUCAAGCUUGCCGAGAAAUUGAACCAGACACAAACAAAGCCAGCUAUGAUCAGUGAAAUUGGAUGGCCCACUUUCCCGGAGGACGGAAGUAUUCAAGCCGCCAUUCCAUCUGUCGAGAACCAAAAGAUUCUUCUGGACACAUUCAUCUGCCAGGCAAACCGCCGUGGAGUUCCUUACUUCUGGUUCGAGUUCAAAGAUGAGCCAUGGAAGCAAGACAUGUUCAACGAAACACGCGAGUCGUUUUGGGGUAUUUUUGACAAAGACAACAACCUAAAGGUCUCUAGUUUACCAAACUGCACACUG